AUGGCCACCGAGCGAGGCUCCAAAGCCGUAGCCACGCAACCGCGGCGCAAAUCGGCUGCACCCGUUGACGACGAAGAUGCGCGCGCGCUUGCACAGUAUACGGAAAAGGCGACGCAACAAUACGGAAGAGGCGAGAAGAUCAAGUCGAAAUCUGUAAAGGACAGGAAACUGCGCUCGAAUUUGCGGACAUUGGAAGCAAAGAACAAGCAGGCGGCGAUAGAAGCAAAGAAUGUCGAAAUCCUGCUGGAGAACAACGCCGGCCUUAUUGAGCCUGAAAAUGAAUUGGAGCGGACCUACCAAGUCCGGCAAGACGACAUCAAGCAGGCAGUGGGUGUUGAGACGGCAAAGAAGGGCUUCGAGCUGCGGUUAGACGGACUAGGACCGUACGACGUGUGCGAAUACAGCAGAAACGGUCGCGAUUUGCUUAUCGCAUCGAGAAAAGGCCAUGUCGCGACCUUUGACUGGAGAGACGGCAAGCCUGGCUGCGAACUACAACUCAACGAAACCGUACGAGAUGCGCGAUGGCUGCAUGUUAGCAACCAGAAGAACUUUGCAGUGGCGCAGAAGAAAUGCGUCUACAUAUACUCUGGAGACGGCGUAGAGCUGCAUCAGCUGAAGAACCACUCUGAGGCCACACACCUCGAAUACCUCCCAUACCACUUCCUCCUCGCAUCAGUAUCGACCGCAGGCAUAUUACGGUAUACCGACGUCUCGACGGGUCAAUCGCUCGCACAGCUUUACACGAAACUGGGCCCCCCCACAGCUUUUGCACAGAAUCCGCACAACGCCAUCCUACACGUAGGACAUCAAAAAGGUCUCGUCACAUUAUGGUCGCCCAAUAGCGCCGCCCCACUCGUCAAACUGCUUCCCCACCACGGCCCGGUGAGGAGCAUGGCAGUCGACAAAUCCGGCACAUACAUGGUCAGCACAUCACAAGACCGACGCAUGAGUGUCUGGGAUAUUCGCAUGUUCCGAGAAAUCCACACACAUCACCUCCGCCUCCCCGGCCAAACCAUAUCCAUUUCUGACCGCAACCUCACCUCCGUCGGCUACGGCACCCAACUCAGCAUCUUCAAGUCCGACAUCUUCACCCGCGCCGCCGACGCCAGCUCAACGCAGCCCUACAUGAACUGGGGCGGCGACGGCCUCUCCAUCUCGCGCGUCCGCUACUGCCCUUUCGAAGACGUCCUCGGCGUCGCCCACGAGCGCGGCUUCUCCAGCAUCAUCGUGCCCGGCGCCGGCGAGCCCAACCCCGACUCCAUGGAGCAAGGCCUCAACCCGUACGAAACCUCCAAGCAGCGCCGCGAAACCGAAGUCCACGCGCUCCUCGAAAAGCUGCAGCCCGAAAUGAUCGCGCUCGACCCCAAUUUCGUGGGUAACCUCGAUCUCGCAUCUGAGGAGCAGCGGAAGCGCGAGAAGGACCUCGAUAGGAAGCCCGAGGAUAAGAUUGCCAAGUUGAAGCAGAGGGGUAGGGGACGGAACAGUGCGCUCAGACGCUUUUUGAGGAAGAGUGGGAGCAAGAAUGUUAUUGAUGAGGAGAAGGAGAGGGCAAGGGAGGUGGUGGAGCAGCGCAAGAAGAGGAACGAGGAGAAGAGGGAAAGGCUGAAGAAGGAGUAUGGGCCGGCGUUGGAGAGGUUUGCGCGCAAGGGGAAUCAGACAUAG